AUGCCCAGCUACCGCGAGCUUCUGUGCACCAAAUUGUCCACUGAUUUCCGUGAGGCAACUGAGAUCGUAACGCAUCCAGAUCUCCCCCAGGCCAGCGCCGGCCACAUUGUAGUCAAGAACAAAUACCUCGGUGUGAACGCCGCUGACAUCAACGUGACCAACGGCGUUUUCAACGAGAGUCCACCGCCUUUUGGCACUGGUCUGGAUGCGGCCGGCACUGUAGUCGACGUCGGUCAAGGCAUCACCGAAGUUAACGUGGGAGAUAACGUCGUGUACGACAAGUUCGGAGCGUACGCUGACUGCUGGAGGGACCGGUCAGUUUGUAGUGCAACUCGCCAAGAUGGCGGGAACCACAUUAUCGGCACUUGCAGCAACGACGAGAAACUUGGCUGUGACCGAGUGAUCAACUACAACAAGGAGGAUAUCAACGAGGUGCUGCAGAAAGAGUAUCCCGAAGGCAUCGACGUCGCCUUUGAGACCAUCGGUGGAGAGAUGUUCAAGACCGUGUUCGACAACAUGGCUGUCCGUGGCCGCAUCAUCGUGUUUGGCCACAUUUCAGAGUACCGUGGCGACACCCCACGCUCGCCAUUCACUGUCAGUGCGAUGAACGAGGUGCUACUCAUGAAGGCGAUUACAGUGCGUGGCUUCCUGUUACGCACGUAUAGCGACAUCAUCCCGACCCACAUGGCCAACCUCUUCAAGCUCAUCAAGGAGGUGAAGUUGCUUGCUGGUGUGGACCCCACCGAGUUCCUUGGACUCGUGCAGGUCGCGGAUGCCAUCGACCACAUGUACGCACACAAGAACAUUGGUAAGAUCGUCGUGCAGCUUCCGUAA